UUUUGGUUAGCUAACUCCAUAUAAAUACACAUCCAAACACACCCACAAGACAGCAACCAACUCCAAGCUUGCUAACUAACAAAGCAUCUUGAAUUCCUCUUGACCAAGUAGUUAAGUAGCUAAGCUAAUUAGUGGUCUAACUUUGAACACAACACAACAAAACACACACACAUCAUGGCCACGUCACUAUCCUUGGCGCCCAAACCCGCCGCCGUCGCCGUCGCCGCCGCCGCCAUCCCGAGGCUUGUUCCGCCGCCGUCUAUCGACAUGUCGGCGCUGUCGCCGCCGCCGCCGCUCGUCAGCGUCAGCAGGAGCAUGGUAGCGAAGCACAAGGCCGUGGUUGUGAUGGGCGCGACGGGGACGGGGAAGACGCGGCUCGCCGUCGACCUCGCGCUCCAGUUCGGCGGCGAGGUGAUCAACGCCGACAAGCUGCAGCUGCACCGGGGGCUCGACGUGGCCACCAACAAGGCCACCGCCGACGAGCGCGCCGGCGUGCCGCACCACCUGAUCGGGGUGGCGCACCCGGACGAGGAGUUCACGGCCGCGGACUUCCGCCGCGCCGCGUCGCGCGCCGCCGCCGCGGUCGCCGCGCGCGGCGCGCUGCCCAUCAUCGCCGGCGGCUCCAACUCCUACAUCGAGGAGCUCGUCGACGGCGACCGCCGCGCGUUCCGCGACCGGUACGACUGCUGCUUCCUGUGGGUGGACGUGCAGCUCCCCGUGCUCCACGGCUUCGUCGGCCGCCGCGUCGACGACAUGUGCGGCCGCGGGAUGGUCGCCGAGAUCGAGGCGGCGUUCGACCCGGACCGCACCGACUACUCCCGCGGCGUCUGGCGCGCCAUCGGCGUGCCGGAGCUCGACGCGUACCUCCGCUCGUGCGCCGCCGCCGGCGGCGAGGAGGAACGCGCGCGGCUGCUGGCCAAUGCCAUCGAGGACAUCAAGGCGAACACCCGCUGGCUGUCGUGCCGGCAGCGCGCCAAGAUCGUGAGGCUAGACCGCCUAUGGCGAAUCCGCCGCGUGGACGCCACGGAGGCGUUCCGGCGGCGCGGCGGCGCCGCCAACGAGGCGUGGGAGCGGCACGUCGCCGCGCCGAGCAUUGACACCGUGCGAUCCUUCCUCCACGGCGAAUUCACCACCGCCGCCGAAACUACGGCGGCGCCGGUGCCGCCACCGCCGUUCCUCCCCAUGUUUGCUCUCGCCGCGGCGGGCGCCGGCGUCUAAGCUCAGCUCAGCUCGAAACGACAGUAAAAAUUUUAAAAAACUUGCAGAGAUGGAUGGGGAGCUUAAUAAGUGUGAAGUGAAGGUAAUUAAGAAGAAAUUAACCACUGUUUGAUGUAAUGACAUUGAUAUUGACCAGGCCAAAAAAGGGAGAGAAAAAGAGCAGCAGAUGUGGAGGAGUGUACCAUCUGUGGACUGAGAGUGACCCUUCCGAUUAGGGAUGGACAUUGGUCGAUCCACAAGAACUUCUUGACCCACUCUGAUUCAGCUAAAUGAACUAAUUUAUACGAUUGGAGUUUUGAAAAUAAAUUUAGUUCAUAUAGCUAAACUAGGAUGGUUAAGGAGUAUUCGUGGGUCGGCCCACUCUAACCCCUAGCUACUUUGGAUCACAGGAUUUUAUGGCGGUAUUUUCACUUUACAAA